AUGUCGGAGGAGUCAACGAAGACCGACCAGACUCAAAGUCCAGAAUUGUCCGAUACGGUCCCGACUCAAAAUCCAGAUUUAUCUGAUACGGUAUCAACUCAGACUCCAGAGCUGUUUGAUACAGUAUCGAUUCAACGAUCAGAAUUGUCUAUUACAGACCCGACUGUGACAGGCCCGGCAGCGACAACAGCUGAUCAGCCCAUAGAACGCCAAGACCCAUCUCCGCCGCCAGAGACCAGCGCACUACCGAGUGAGAGCAACAUCGAAACCGAACAGACCGGCAGUGCAAUAGAGAAGCAACCUUCUGAAGAGCCGCCUCAGGUGGAGAUGGAGCUCGCGUCCGACCCGCCGGCACAUAUCGCCGCCGGGUCGCAAUUACGUUGGCCGCUCGUUGUACUGCUCAGGUCGACCAAGAGUAAGGCCGCUGCACCCAACGCCCUAAGUCGUCAGAAUCAGAGCUUUGGUGGUGUUUGGGCAUUUGUAUCACUCAUGAGUGCAGAUGGGUCAACGAGCCUGGCUCCGCCUCACCCAGAAUUGCUGUUGGGCCAGCCGGUUGCGUCCAUUCGUAGCCUGCCUGAUGUUCAAGGUCAGGAGAGCUCAGCAUUUGCGUACGCAAGCUUCCCUGGAUUAGCGAUCGCAUUACCAGGGCGGUACUUAUUUAAGAUCAAUGUUGUAGACAUGCACAGUGCUCACAUGGGCUCAACCGCGAGGGUGCUUAAACCGCUGCAUACGGACACCUUCGACGUCGUCGAUGAGAUGAACCCAGCUGAGGCGGCUGCUGCUGAAUCAAUCGUCGCAAAAGCUUUCGCACGCCUGGAGGAGAUAGGUUUGACAAUCUAG